AUCCUCGUAUAUAUCUUCUCUAGAUUUCCGUGAUGCGUAUGGUUAACCUUAUCAAGAAUGUGUGAUAGAUUUUCUAAUAUCAUCGAACAUUUUCCAAUGUGAUCGUUUCUGAGAUGUUGAAAUCUGUGUUCUUGGUUCUUUCAAUUUAUACGAACAUACUGAGCAAUGCGGAAAAAUUUCCUGCAACUUUCUUGUUUGGGGCUGCCACAUCUGCCUAUCAAAUAGAAGGAGGAAAUGCAGAUAUUUACGGAAAGGGUGAGAACGUCUGGGACUAUCACAUCAAGAAAAAUCCCUACAUAAUAGAAAACAAAUCCAAUGCUGACAUAGCCUGCGAUUCAUACCACAAGUAUAGGGAGGACAUCGAGCUUCUCAAAUAUUUGGGGGUGAAUUUCUAUCGCUUCUCCAUAUCGUGGAGCCGAGUACUUCCAGAGGGGUACAGCAAUAAAAUUAAUAUACACGCCAUCAAUUACUAUAACGAUAUCAUAAAUUUGCUGCUGAGGAAUGGGAUAGAACCAAUGAUAACAAUUUAUCAUAGGGAUUUGCCACGAAAACUGCAAGAACUAGGCGGUUGGACCAACCCUUACAUGGCCUAUUACUUCGAGGACUAUGCUAGGAUCUUGUUCACCCAUUUUGGAGACAGGGUGAAAUACUGGAUAACCUUCAAUACCUGGUGUUAUGGCUACGGUGACAAUACUGAACCACCCUUCAUAAACCAACCUGGCAUUGCAAAUUAUCUGUGUCAAAACGUCAGGCUCUUAGCACAUGCUAAGGUUUACCAUCUGUACGAUCAGGUUUUCAGGAAAAAACAGCUUGGUCAAAUAGGAAUAACCGUCGAGAAGCCCUGGAUAGAACCGGCCACCAACGAUUCGGAGGACCUGGAGGCGGCAGAGAGGGCCCGACAGUUCACGUUUGGCAUCGUCGCCAAUCCGAUCUUUCAUCCUGACGGCGAUUAUCCGGAAAUCGUAAAAGCCAGGGUCGGCGACAGGAGCAGGAAGGAGGGUCACGUGAGGUCGAGGUUACCGGAGCUGUCCAAGGAGGAGGUCGAGUACAUCAGAGGCACCUACGACUUCAUGGGGUUGAACUACUAUACGACUUUUUUGGCGAGGAACGACGACAUGAGUCAGGAUGAUGUGGGUGCUAAAAUGUCCCAAGGGAUGGAUUGGCAGAGAUCAGCGUCAGUUUGGCUGAAGGGAUAUCCCAAAGGUUUGAGGAAUCUGUUGAGAUGGAUCAAGGAUUCGUAUGACAGCCCCGAUGUUAUCAUCACUGAGAAUGGCUUUUCCGAUGAAGGCACUUCGAAUGAUACAGAAAGAAUACGUUAUCUAAGGGAUCAUCUGAACGAACUUUCGUUAUCAAUAGAAGAGGAUAAAGUUUCUGUCAAAGGAUAUGCUGUUUGGAGCUUACUAGAUAAUUUUGAAUGGAUGAGAGGAUAUAGUGAAAAGUUUGGUUUAUACCAAGUCGACUUCAAUGAUCCAAACCGUAAAAGGACCAAGAAAGCUUCAGUUGACUGGUAUAGAAAAGUUAUAAAGGAGAGAACACCAGAUGUUGAAUCAUAAUAAUGAAAGCUGAUUUAAUUUUUUUUAGAGUUGAUACCAUUAAAAGAUUUCCGAAAUGAAAA